AUGACGGUUUCCAGGGGCAUUGCAGUGCUUAAACGUGAUUUGACUCUUCUGGAGCCUAUUUUGAGGCCUGUGGUCAAAGAAGUCUCCCCUACCUUAUAUUUAGAUGCUGGCAGAGGAACGGACAAAGGGAUAUCUCUUCUCCACGAACCCCAAAGAAUGCUGCCACCCAGAAAAACAAAAAUCCAUUUUCUGCCCACAUCGUUCCCGCUUUCGGAACGUGGCCAAAGUUUUGGAGAGCACAACCGAGAAUAUCUUAAGGUGGUUUUUGUGGGGGUUUUUAGGCUGCGUUAUUAUAUUAAAAGCACACGACGUUCCCCUCCCCAACCUCGCGGGAACCGUAGUUUGCCCAAAGCACUGGGAAUUGUAGCGCUGCGAGCGUUUUUUACAUUUAAUUAUCGAUGUUGCUUUUAA